UGGUUUGCCUGCUGUGCUUUUAUAUUGCAGUAUGGCCUGGUUCGGAGCAUUUUACUACCACGGUUAUUGCCACAAAUCAAGAGGGCAAAGUGAACGGCAUGGGACUCACACCAACCUUAACGAACCUGGGUCCGAUUCCUGCGUCUGAGAGGUUUACGGGCAAUAACUGCACAUGCAGAUGAUACAGCGGGGGAAAUGGGGAAGAGUUUUGUAGGUAAAUCGUAAACGUGAAAGGUUGGUUGAUUUGCCAAACCCUCAGCCAAGCUUGCAACAAAACAUGACAAGCCUGUCGCGGUUUAGUGGCUGCCCUCUUUCUUGCGUCAACCCUGGGGAGAGCAAUACUGAACCCAGCGUGGUGCUGCCACCUUUGGCAGAGGAGCACAUGGGGCACCCCACUGGCAGUUCCUUAAAACUCUGCCCCUCGCAAAAUUUGCGAGACUACCACGAGACGAGGGCCAGUGCAUAUGUUGACCACUCGGUUAGCCAUUUUCCAGACACUGGAUACAUCAGUCAUCGCUUAGAACCCAGUCCUAGGGGCAUUAUCAUUGGGACAAAUCUGUCAGCAGCAGGCAUGCCACCAGUAACUGAUCAGCUGGCUCCGAGACCUAACCAACAUGGCAAUAUUGGAAGGUACCGUGACCUCCACAGCUAUAGGGAUGGCAGGAGCCACUCGUUCUUCAGCACGUAUCAAGAGCAGGCCCAUGGCUCUUCAGACACCACUCGAGAUCUCAGCAGCCAAAUGAUGUUGGGUCUUCCCGGAGAUCUUCUCUCACGAACGCACCCGUAUGGGCAGUCGGUCAGUGGCCCCAGGGCCAACAGCCAGCAGCUAGUCACCCAGUUCUUGGAGUUCUAUAAGCCUCUGAACAUGGCCAUGCAACGAGGAGGGGGUGACGCCUUCCUCAGGUGCUCCAGGCAGAACCCAAAGCACGAGCUCGUGUGCAAGUGGAGUGACGGCCAAGAAGGCACUGGCAAGCCGCCCUGCGCCAGGAGUUUUGGGACCAUGUAUGAACUCGUCACCCAUGUGACGGUUGAGCAUGUCGGAGGACCGGAGCACUCCGACUACGUUUGUCACUGGGAGAACUGCCCAAGAGACAGAAAGCCCUUCAAAGCCAAAUACAAGCUCGUCAACCACGUCAGAGUGCACACUGGAGAAAAGCCCUUUCCCUGCCCUUUUCAUGGAUGUGAAAAAGUUUUUGCCAGAUCCGAAAACCUCAAGAUACACAAGAGAACGCAUACAGCUCUCCCGUGUCCGUCUGCCAUGAGGCAGGCGUUCCAGUUUGGCUGCGGAACGCUGGCCUUGUUGAACCGCGGGGUCAGUGUACCUCCAGCACUAUUCCAGCUUGCGCUUCAUCCUCUACCGCACCGGGGGCACCUGGCACCCCUCCCUACCAUGGCAGGCCAGAUCAAUGGUAAGAUCCAUUCGAGCAGAACGACCGGAGGUCAGCAUCAAAGGCCCCCCGCUUGUCUCGCUGCCACCUGGAGCUCAGUGAGGGUCAUGGGCCGCCUGGGCCACCACUGCCUUCUCUCCCCUUCAGCUGGCUGGGUAUGCUGACUGGGACCAGGGCAGGGUAUGAGCUGGCUCUUCCCCGGCCCAGCGGCCCACAUGGGGAGAGGGCCAGAGGUCAAGCCCAUCAGAGCACUUUGCUUCAUCUGAUGAGAGGAUCUGGUCUGGUUUUAAUGAGGCAACACUGAUUCCACAUCUCUUUAUGCAUACAGGCAGACCUAAUGUGUGGAUUGUACUAGACAUAAUGCUGUGAUUUUCUUUCCAAUCACAGGAUGCAGAGGGAGCGACAUUUACAGGUAUAUUUUAAUACCAAAGUUAAAAUCUCAUGUCAAAUACAUGUUGCAUAUUCACAUUGUUUUGGUUUAAACUUUAAAGCGGUGUAAAAUGCAAUAAUUACUCAUGUAAAGAGAAUAAAAUAGACUUCACUUAAAAAAAAUAUUUUUUUGUCAUCAUUCAAAACCUGUAUGACUUUCUUCUGCGGAACACAAAAGGAGAUAUUUUGAAAAUAGUUUUUUGGUCAUUGUACAUUGAAAAAAAUUAUAUUUGCUGCUUGUUCAAAUUGCUUAAUUAAAAUGAGCUAAAGCAGCCCAAUUGCUAUACAUUACUUAAUAUGAUUGUGUUCAAUCCACUUAAAUAUAUAAAUUGAAGUUUACUUAUUCCGUUUAUGUUUGGAUUACAUGAAUGGUCUGUGUUGCAUUAACCGAAACUGGGUGGGGCUUGUUAGUUCCCAGCAUGCUUUGCAUAUGGCUCAAUCAAGAGAGAGUAAAUGUUGAAAUGAAGUGUUAUUUUAUGUAUUUUUGAGCAAGAUGAGAAAAGGGAGAGACUUGAUAGUGUCUUUAAUGUUCAAUUAUGUUGGAAUUAUUAACAAUUUAAAUUACAGUGGGUUACUGUGGGGAAGAGUGGAGCAAUUUGCCUUGGCUGUGGGCUAAUACAGCUGCUGAAGGAGCAUUUAAUGCUCAGCAUUUAAGAUGCUAAUGUGUGCUAUUGCUAGCUAAAAGUUUGCUAGUACAGUCUUAUAAUUUAGCUGUGUGACACAUAUGAAAUUUAAUUGGAUGAAUGAAUAUAUGAAAUUGAAUGGCUGAAUCAUGUCAGGGAGCCAUAAAAAAUUCACUUUGAGUGUACUUAAUUGGGUCACUUAAAAUGACUUCAUUACAUGAUUUUGAAGUUACAUGAACAAAUUAUGUUUGUUUAACUUAAUUGAUUCAUGUGGGACUGAUGUACAAAAUUAAAUCAUGUAAAUCCAACAACCUUUUUUUCAGUGUAAUGAAAGUCAAUGGGGUCCAAAAACAGUUGAAACAUUCAAAGUAUCUUCUUUUUUUGGUUCUGUAGAAGAAAGAAUGUCAUACAGUUUUGGAACAAUAUGAGGGUGAGUAAAUGAUGACAGAAUUGUCUUUUUUGGGUGAACUAUCCCUUUAAUUCAAAUGACUAUAAUUCUGUGAGAUUUAAAAUGUUUCAUUUCAGCAGAGAGUAGAUAGCCAAUUAUUGUGGAACAUAUAUUUAUUCAUGCAACGUUUCCCAUAUGAACACUGUGGCUCCCUUCAGCAAAAUGCUGGUCAUAUGGUGAAAGAACAGGCAAUUAUUUUCAUGCAGCUGUCAAUACUCUGAACAGGCUAAUACAGUCUAAUUAAAUGUCAUUUUUUGGGCCACUAAUGAAAAUGAACAACUCAGAGGGGUUUUUAAUAUCGCUGUGAAGCGCUUCAACUGCCGGAGCCUUGCAGUCGAUGACUUGAUCCUUCUAUGUCCCUUACUUGUGUGAUGAGGGAUGAAAGGGGAUGCAAUGAGAGACACAGAGAGAAAGAGAGAAAAAAGGCAAGUUUGGCAAGUAGAGGAGUGAAGGGGGAGACAGAUGGCGUGAAGUCUGCAUCUCUUUGGCGUUGGGCUCAUGGCGCUAAAAUCCUCCCUCUCACACAUUCCAACAAAUCCAACCAGGAGGCUCAGGAGUAUGUUCCACUGCUCUCGAAAUGAAGCAUCUGACCAGGAUAGAGCCACGCACACACACACUUUCUCACUGUCUCUCUCCCUCUUUCACACACACGCACACAUACAUUCACACACUGUCAGUCACCCGUAACCUAUCCAGAAGUUUACAUUUUUAUUAGUAUGUCACCCGUUCCGGAGUUUAUUGGCUUGUUAAAAUAGGAUGCUUUGGGAGCUGGGGGAGAGAGAACAUGGGGCCAUGACUGGAAAUAUUGCAGUGGAGAAAAGGAGACCAAGUGCCAUUCAAGUGUAAAAUCUCAUUGAGUAAACAUGGGGCCAAGGCAUGGAAACAAAAUGCGUAGAAUCCAUUCGCGGCAGAAGAAAUGAGCUUUGCAGUUAGUCACGCUAGCCACCACAUUAGCCUGUGCUCCUGAUAAGUUAUUCCCUGCCACUUUGGACUGAAGUUUUCCGUCUUUUAAAUGAAAGUAUGUUAAGUUGAUGUACUUGGCAUAUACAGUAAAAAUCUAUACGUCUCAUAUCUAGUCAACCAAGCUUCUGUUUUAUAAAGCAGCGAAGCUUUAUUUUAACCUAUCGCUAUAUUUUAUUUGUCAUUUAGCUGAAAUGUACCGCUAAUAGCUGUUGACAUAUAAAACGACCAUGUGUUCCUCCUGUCAGCCAGAUGCAAAAGGCACAGAUGGGCUUCUUUUUUUUUUUUUUCCAAAUGGAGCUCUUGAUAGCAGACAAUUAAUGUGCCUUUGAUUGCGCUCUACAGUACUCUCCCAUUGAUUCUGGAAAAUGUAUUCAUUGAAGGCAUAUGAUCAGCCACGGAUGAAUCUUGUCAGAUGUGCCAAAUCACAAAUGAAACGCUUUAGUGCCUCUCCCUCCAACCUCCAGGGCUAAGAGCUCUUGCACGCUCACACGUGCACGCCACUCUUUUUCCCCUCUCGCUGUUUCUCUAUCUCUCUCGCUCACUCUCUAGAUGGAUGGCUGAGUUCUGCCUUCUGUUUGCGCUGCCAUAAUAAUGAAUGAGUCAGCUGGGAAUAUGUAAUACUGUGAAAAGGUCACCGGAGGCAUGUGUAUCACAUUACUGUUAAUGAUAAUAAAAAGAACAAUCUGUGCAAAUCCA